ACACGAUUUACUUUUUUCAGGUUUUUGUCAGCAGAGACGAAUGACAUUGUCACCUGUAUUCACCCUGUAGAUCCGAAUUUGUGUAAACAUGAACAGAGUCGCAAAUUCCCAUCUUGGGGAGCAUGCAGGCGCCGACGCCUCAACUUCAGCUGAAGAAGAAUAAAGGAACCUAACAAGAAGCUACAAACUUUCCAACAUUUCUGCUUGAGUUUAUACUAAGCUGUAGGCCAUCAGUGGAGUUUUUCCCCCCACUUUUCCCCUCCCCUUUUCCUCUCUUUCCUUUUCUUGCGCCACAUUGUUAGUGAAUAUGACAUCUGGGAGAGUUGCAGGGCGAGCCUUGAAUGUGGUCAUUGUUCAGCACAUCAUUUGUCACGUCCUUUCUGUCUGUGGCCGAGGAGGAGUUGCUGUUUGCUGGGUAAAAUGCGAAGAGGCGCUCGACCAAACGGCUACAACCCCAGUCAGUCGGCUGGAAGGAGAAUCUGUCCAGAGGAGAGGAAGAUGACGAGAGGAAAGAGGAAGACUGCAAAACAGAAGUAGGUUUGCAAAAGUGUUUUCUAACUCAUUUGGAAAGUAAAUUACAAUCUAGCGUACAGUUAAAUGAAAUUAAACAAAUUAAAUAAAACAAUUAUUUGAUUGUUUAAUUUAAAUCACCAUUUUCCACGCUGAAAUUUUUACAGACAAUUAGGAACUGGUUGGCAAUGCCAUUUAGUGCACAAUCUCUUUUGCUACAAAUAUUCUUGUAGGAGUUACUGUCUAACUUGGAAAUGUUGUAAAUCUGUUUAUUUGCCGCUCUUAAAAGGCUCCGAAAGUGGAUCUCUGUGUUGCAUGUUUAUCAGUGCAUUAGUUUAUUUAUUACCUUGCUCGUGUUGUCGGUGGGAAAUCGAGUUGCUGCCACUGUUGAUUCAACUGUCCCUGGAUUAAUUCAGAGCAAUGAAUCGUCUGUGCCUGCAAACACGUGGCUCCUCUGCAGCUAACUGACAGCGGCAGAGGCUGCGGAGAGCUGCAUUUGUCAGCGGGCCCUGCAGACUGGAUGGAGGCUGCUGGAAAGUGGCCGUGUCCAUCAAACGUCAGAUAGUGAGGUGACGAGCUCAGGAACGCUGACUGAUAACUAUAGUCUGCUCAGCUUUGAGUGUGUGUGUGUGUGUGUGCGUGUGUGUGUGUGUGUGUGUGUGUGUGUGUUUGUCCAGAGCCGGCCUAAGGCAUACGUGAGCUAAGCUUCUGCUUGGUGUCUAGUAGGAGACCAGUCCUCAAGUGUGAACACAGAUUCCAAAACUUCACAUUCUAAAAGUAUUCAGGGUUUGAAGCACUGACAGCUCAAUCAGUAGCAAAGCCUUCAUAGAUUCAGACAGUCGCGAUAACAAGUAAAUUUGAUGACAUCAUUUCUAACUUUUGCUUCUCUGCUGGAGUCAGGGGAGUCUACGUCUUCAUCGGGUCGCCAGACGGGGGCCGUCUCACAGAACAUCAAAACUGAAAGCCACAGCAGAAUUAGCAGGGGUUUUACUGCGACUUUAACAUGUAUUUUUGUAAAAAGAUAAAUGUUAAAACUUCUUGCACUUCCUCUGUUAUUUUCUCCGGCUUGGGGGGAGGGGCAGUUAAUUUCUAGGGGUAGCCAUUGACCCCCGCGACCUCCUGGUGGUGCUGCCUGUGGCUGGAAUCACACUGUAAAUAUAAGUCAGAGAAAGGGCAUUUUCUCCAUCGUUUAUUGCAAUAUUUAUAGUAAUCCUUUUGACUUGCUAAUAAAUUGGCAGAAUCUAAAGUGUUACAUAGACACUUUAGAUUCUGCUUUGGGCCCCAUAGCUUGAACCACCUCUGCUCGUACUAAUAGGAAGACAACUUUCAUUUGUGGGUCCCACAUGAACAUGAAAUGGUUGAAAACUGGGAUUGUCCGUGGAAACUUGAUGGCUUCAUGUGAACUGACUCGAUAGGUUUGACACCGGACAUUUUUUGGGCAAUAAGCGUGACCCACAUUGCUAAAACAUGCACAGCUUAAUGAGUCCAGUGCCAGCCGCUCAUUGUGAGCCAAGGCGCAUUCAGUAGCUGCCCAUCCAGACCCAGAUGGGGCCCGCAUACACACAUGUUGACUGGGUAUUUAUACAGAAUCAGAACAGCCCAUCUUCCCCGCCGCCCCCCCCCCCCCCCCCCCAACAGCCUCCGCGUCCUCCCAUACAUCAGCAGGCGGUUUAUUUUCUAAACAGCGCACUCAUUGCUGAUUUUCUUUCUGUUUUUAUGGCAGCUUUUAUAGGCCAUCAGCAAGACGUAUGGAUUAUUGACCAGUCUGGCUGCGAACACAUGUUUCCCGCUGUGCAUUCAGCAUACAUUUUAGGCAAACACGUUUCAUUUUGAUUUUAUUUGGGGGAGUUUUAAUGUUUCAGGGUUAAACCAAAAGCGAUCAAUUGAACUUUGCGUUCGUGUCACGAAACAAGAGCGUUUAUUGGAUCGACACUGUGUUCGCUUUCUAUUGAACGUCAUUAAAAAAAAAAAAAAAACCCCACAGAAUAAACUGGAAACAUGACGCACAAUGCAAUCGAUUAAAUCACCAUGCUAUUUGUAUAAAUAGUAGGUUUAUUUGUACAAUCUCAAUUCUUAUUCACCCUUAACAGUAAGCGUUCAGUUGUGGCAUAUUUUGCAAAAAAAUUUUACCUUCCACAAUAAAAGUCUGUUUGGAGAAGAUAUCAUAUUCUGAUGGUUGUUGUGUCAGAUUGCUGUUCUGUUUGAUCAAUUUCGCUUCGGAGAUCAAAGGCACCAAUUUGCAUUAAUUAACACUAUACCUGGUUAAAUAUUACCUUAAGGAUCCAAUUAAAACCACGGAACAAAAAAAGAAGAAGAAGAAAAAAGGAAAGGAAAGAAGAGAGGAUCAAAGCAGCGCCGAUCGAUCCGCUGCAGCAGCAGCAGCAGCCCGACUGUCACCGUGGAAAGCCAAAUCAGCAGCAACAUUACAGUAUCAACUUCUUUCUGCACGGAGUCUUUUUAAUGGACGCCGCUGCGCCGGCCGCCUCUGCUCUGUCUCCACUUUAGUGCUCUGAAAUGGGCCCAUCUGAUCACUAAUUUAAAUUAGAGGAUGGGGAGAAGGGCUCGUUAUGGAGAGCGUGUCUUUCUUCUUCGGCCCUAAGCGGGAGGCCGUACACGUAGGAACUAUUGAUUAUAAAUAAAUAAAUUAAUAAAUUAAUAAAUUAAUAAAUUAAUAAAUUCAGACAUAAAAUUCGACUAAAAUGCCUUACAAGUAGUUUAUUUCAGAAGGUAAUGGUGAUGAAAAAAAGUAUCUGAGAUGUUCCGUCUCCUCUUUUUUUUAAAAAAUACAAUUUUUAUUCAUGUCAAAUUAUUAUAUUUCUAAUACAAAAUCCCUUUUCAUGAUCUUAUCGCAGAGCUAUUCCCAUACAUGAAACCGAGCUUGCAUGAUCAGCAGAAAGGGCUUUUUUUUUCCCCCACGCGCGCGCAUACACACACACACACACACACACUCACACACCCACGUAGUGUGCAGAUUAACAGCGCGCGCAGGGCGGUCUGAGCUGCAGAAAGAAAAACCCCGUGUCCACUCUGCUGCUCUUCACCCCUCAUCCACCUGCACCUCUUUCUCUGCUCGGGGUUUAUUCUGACCUGUUGGGGGGGAGUUAUUUUAUUUUACUGUUUUUUUUCUUUCUUUCUUUCUUUCUUUCUUUUUUUUUUUUUUUUACUCGUUCCUAAAGGUGUGAGGAGUCCUGCGUGGUUUUUGUUUCCCGCGCCGGAAUGAGCGCUGAAGGCCUGAAGCCUUCGGCUCUCUGGAAACCUGCCAUGUGACAUUUGGCUGCCAGCAGUGCACCAGAAGGUCAAAGGGGGCCGCGGUGCACAUUUCAUGGAAAUGCAGAGCAACAUCCACCGCCACAGUUGCAGCCACCCUCACGGAUUCUUCAGCGAGUCUGUGGCUGGUGCGUCUGGCUUUGGGGGCUCCCGUCAACCCCCGACCCACCAGCAUGCAGAGGAGCUUCCACGGAGGUCCAAAUCGCAAAGCCCCAAUAAGUUUGCAAUGAGCAAAAUGGUUUUCUCCUGGAUGAAAGAGUCGAGACCCUCCAAUCAGAAUCCCCACAGGGGGGUUGCAGAUUGCGCCGAGAAGUCUCCCUGCUCGAGCCAGGUCUCCAAGCGCACGCGCACCGCGUACACGAGCGCGCAACUGGUGGAGCUGGAGAAGGAGUUUCACUUCAGCCGCUACCUGUGCAGGCCGCGGCGGGUGGAGAUGGCCAGCCUCCUCAACCUGAACGAGAGGCAAAUCAAGAUCUGGUUUCAGAACCGGAGGAUGAAGCAGAAGAAGGACCAGAGAGUGCAGGGCCUCACCGCGACGAGCACCAGCUCCUGCUCCCCUCCGUCCUCCCCCUCCGCCGCGGGCAGCCCCACUCUGGCGAGCCUGGGCUAUGUCCAUCUGGGUGCUGAUUACCAGCCGCCCUCCCCUCCGCUCAGACAGCCCCAGCAGCAGGCCUACCCGGUAGGAUACUCCAAAUGUACAGCCCCGAGCUUCACGCACGACCCGCACUUUGACAAGGCGCAGUACAUCACGCAGGACAGCACCGCAGACUCAAACCAGGGACUGGACGGCCACGGCGGGUCGUACUUCUUGCAGGCCUGCACACCUCAGGACAGAAUCAUGCAAGCGCCCAAACUGACUCAUCUCUAAGAUUUCUGCACGCAACGCUGAUAGUUAUCCACUGGUUUUUAAAAAUAAGUAUUUAUUCAUAAUUAGCAUAUUCGGAUUUAUACUUUAAGCAUGCUUCCUUUAGCUUCGGUUAGUCCAUCUCAAAAAGCUCAAGAUGCAUAUAAAUACAACUUGGUAUUUAGGCAAUUAAAAACAGAUCAUGUUAAGGUUCCAACCCAUUAUGCAUGGUCUACAAAUUAGAAGGAGAAACGCGAUGCUGAAUGGCAAAUCCUUUGUUUCUUUUUAGUUAAUUUCUCUUAAGGAGCACCUAAACUCGUGCUUAACUGAAGGGCCCGUUUAGGAGGACUAUUCUGCGAGAUCCCCACAUUAUUAUAACUCCUAAGCAGAGCAGAGGAGGGAGGGAAAAAGGGCUCCGUCUCUGGCUCUUAAACGGGCCUUUGUUUCUUUUAUGGCUCAAAAUGGACCAAACAAGCUGUCAGCGUUUAUAAGGAGUCGUGAUGGAUCACUGAAUUCACUGCGCUGACUGUUUCAGGGACGGUACCUCAUUCAGGCUCCGUCCUGCAAGUCUGACAAACACAAACAUGUAGAUUGGGAUCCCGAAGCUCAGAAAAAAAAGCAACUGAAAUGAAGAGA